AUGUCUUCCGAAAAAAUCCCUGAUCAAAAUCCCGAGUCCCUAUCUCCUAAUACGGAGACCUCCCGGAAGCCUCAGCCAGUCACACUGGACCUUCUCCCUACUGAAAUCCUUCUACAGAUUUCAGGUGAACCCGGAAAAGACCAAGACACCAUCUCAGCGGAGGAGUUCAAGGGGUUAUGCUUGCUCAGCCCUCUUCUCAGCCAAGUGUAUCUUCAACUUUACUAUCUUGGGGAUAACUGCGGCCCGUUCCGUCAGGCACUUAGAAGCGCUAAUGUCAAGGCGAUGGAUCGAUGCGCCCAAUCUGGAGCUGUGCCUGAUACGACAUGGGAACUGCCUGAAUCUGACGGUUGUCAAUGCAUCUCUGAGCGCCGACAUACCCACCACAGGCCUAUCGACGAGCUACUGGAGAGUGUGUACUUGGGCAAAGUCCCCAUUGAAAAAGGAAUCAAUGCCUUGAAGUGGCUCUUGGAAAGGAGGUUUGACAUGAAGGAGCAGAAAGACCAGGCGUGGUACGAGGCAAACACGCAUUGCGAUCAUUUCCCCGAAUUUCUGAUCACUAUGCUGAGCAAGAGUCCUGAUCGGACCUACACAGAAGGCAUAUGCCAGAUGAUUAAAUUGGUACAGAGCUACGGCUACUCACUUCCUUUCGCCAUGAAUUUGGAUACUUAUUGGCACUUGGAUGAAAGGGAUAGACUUUCCCCGGGCCUCGUCAGGAAACCAUUGGAUGAGGCCUUACGUUCUCACUGCCCGCCCUAUUUUAUUGAGGUCAUCAUGCAGGAUUAUAUUCGCCGCCGCGUCGACUUUUCGUCUAUUCAUGUCGUGCCCCCUGUUUUCAUGGAAUCCUGGGCGGGAAAACAUAAGUUCGUAUACGACUACACAUGGACCAGCCUAGUUUUCACCCAAGGCCAGCAGUGGUGGAAGUUCACAAAUUUGUUAGAAACAGCAUGGGGUCUUUUUCUGGACCUUAUGGACCCUUCGACGAACUGGGCAGAACAGUACCGUGGCGAGGCUUCAGAUAUCUUGGAGCAGAAGAUCAAGAUCCUUGCCAAGUAUGGGAUUCUCAACCAGAUUGAGGAGGAGAUGCUAGGAAGCAUUGUGGAAGCCAUGCGAUCUAUGUCUACUCCAACAAAGACUAGUAGCAUAACCGAAGUCACCGACUGGGACGCUCAGUGCUGUUGGGACACGCUUGUCAAGGCACUCCGACCUUACACGAUUGACUGGGAUGUGUAUACGGUCGACAAUUGGACCUCAGGAGAGGGAGAUAUUGACACCUGGGACGAUGCCCAUCGAUAUCACCGUUUCAUCAUUGAUCGUGAGUGGAACCCGUAUGAAAUGUACCAUAACUAUCAGUUGCAAAACAGCCACACCAGACCUAUGCUCAACCGUCCCUGGGGAAGCAAGGGGGUUGCGAGGGGAGUUGAUGGGCGGUGGAUGGAUCGCGAGUGGACACGCGUGGUUCACCGCGAAGAUCGCCUACCGCCUUGUGAGGUAAAGGGGGAAGAUGAGGAUGGGGAUCAUCCCUUGAUGAUCUGCGACGACUGGAGGUUGCCAGAAUGGAUCCAUGGCCAGAGCUACAGGGAGAUUGAAAAGGUUGUCAGCGAGCGCUGGAUCGAUCUUUAUGUCACAAGGGGUAUUGUCCCUAGAUUCCCUUAG